AUGGAGUAUGAAAAAAUUGAGAGUAUCUCGGAGGAAAGAAGUUCUGCUAGACUAAGAGCUAAAGAGAGGAAAAAGCCAAUCAAGAGUGAAGAGAACAAGACUAUUACUAGCUUUAAUAAAAUUUAUGAUCUAGAUGAGGAGGAAGACUCAAAGGACAAUUCUAAGGACAAAGAUGCCCAAGUGGAGGAAGAGAAUCUGACUGAAAUCCCCAAGGAGGACGCUGAAGAAGAAGAGGAGGGAGAAGAAGAGAACAACAAGUCAAAAAGUGAGCAUGACUCUUCUUUCAAUAAUCUCAAUAACCCUGACACCUCUGAGAAUGAAAAAAUGGUGUUGUGUUCGCCCAUGGGGCCGGUCCAGGAGACUAACAACAACUUGGAAGAGCAAUUGAAUGAUAUGAAGGAAAAAGUGGCCAUGCUGGAGAAAAACUGA